GGAAAUGUUUCAAGUAAAUAUCUUCAUUUUCAGCAUCAAAACUUGCACGAUAUUCUUUGGACCUAAUGUGAAGAUAGAAACAUAUUAAAUACAAAGUUGUGAAUAUAUAAUCAGAAUGAGUAAAGCAAAAGACUGGUGUAAAGCGAUGUUUAUUCUUCCAUUGACAGCGGGGAACUUCAAGAAGGAAAUGCACUAUAAUUACAUUUCCCAUGAUGGGAGUAUCGCUGGACUAAUCAUGCUCACCAGUUUAGUAGUCAUUCUAGCUGAAAUAAUGUACAUUUGCAAUUCAUAUCAGCAAAAAAGCAAAACAGCACCUGAUAUCUCCCGACCACUUCUGAUUUUAUUGAGCUGCCUUGGAAUUGUGUCUUGUAUCUCAGUCGGUAUACGAGAACACAUAAGAAAAAGAUGUAUCUUAGACAUUGAAUCUCACGAUAAAAGCAAAUCCCUUAAGUUGAAAUUUUUAUGUUUGUUUUUUCUGGGAUGCGUAGUAUAUCGUAUCCUUAAGAUAGCUGCCCUUAUCAAAUGCAAGGUGUAUGUCCGUAUCAACGAUAGUCUUGGUGUAGCCAUUUUAUAUGAUAUUUCGUGUCUUUUAUUUUAUCUGGUACAAACAUGUUUUAUCUAUCAUUUUUGUAAAUAUACAUUUGUGAAAUCUUUGUUUACCUUUUAUGCUUUGAUCAUAAUUGUAGCGACAAAUAUUUCCUCUUGGACAUAUAAAGCUACUUGGGAACACGAUCUGUCUACAGAUUCUGCGGAAAACACCACAUAUCGAUGCUCGGAAAGUAACUCAUCAUUUUCCAUAAUUCAACUGUUUCAAAAUGCAAGACCUUUUACGGAACCAAUGCUCGCUGAGUACCCGCUACUGAGCUUGAUAUUUUUGUCUGGAAUAUGGCCGAAGACAUCGAAUGAGCAACGUAAUAAAGAAGAAGAUAGUAAUGAAUCGUUUGAAGCGUCAGAAAUGACAACAUUGUUAAAAAGCCAAAGUAGCAUAUCAUGUAGAUCAGACGCUGAUGCACGAAGGAUAGGGGCAACAUUGUGUAUUGUACUAAUAAGCGGGAUGGUAUGCUUACCUGUACUAGUGAUUCAUGUACUCAGAAUAAAUGGAAAUUUAGGAAAUGAUUUUUUCUGGAUCAGUUUUGCUAUAACUACAAUACUUGAACAUGUUAUUUUACUACUUGCUCUUGUGAUAUGCUUCCAUGCUGUGCAACAUCAAUGUAGGCCGUGUAAAGAGAAAACCUCUUUCGAAAUCGGUACUGUUCUGUUCAUUCUUAGUUUUAUAAUAACGACGGGAUAUUUUACUCUGCACUUGAUGACACAAUUACGUCCGUAUCGAAGUUUAUUAAUUACAACAGAUAUCUUUACGAUUAUCGUCAUGUAUCUCCAAACCGUAUACAUUUUGCAGAUGACAAAAUACACAAUAACAUCUUCCAGAUCACGGUUUUUGUCAGUUCAUUAUACGUGUCUACUAAUUGGCCUAAUUAAUUUUGGUUAUUGGAUUUCAGAUACAUUCCUCGUAGCUCCAUAUAUCUACAAAUUCCGAGGUUCAGCUUACUACAGCGAAAUACAUAUAGAAAAUACUGAAAUUUUCUGGUUUCCUUUCGUUAUAUUUUACAGAUUUGAAUGUUUCAUGUGUUUUUAUUCUUUGUACAGGUCUUAAUUUGCAUUGUAUAUGUUGAUUCGUAUCUGGAAAUAACAAAUAAAAACCAUUUAUUUAUUUCCAGACAACUCAUCAAGCUCGUUAUUUUCAAAUUAAAAGCUCUAAGUAGUCCUA